UAUUGUAGCACCAAAAGCUACAUUUUUUGGCUGAAACAGCAGUUAUAGCUUUCAUAUUAAUUUGUCACAAUGUCAGAUUUGGAGGUGCAGGUAGGCUCCAUUUUGGAGAUAAUGGUCAACGCGACUGUCACAGAAAUGACCAAAGUUAUCGGCAGCUGUGAUUCGACACGUCCAGAAGCGUCUCCGAGCUGCGUUACGACCGAAAACACACAAGCGUCCUCAGAGGAGAAGGUGAUCCAGCUCAGUGUCUUCAUGACGUCUCUGGCUCGAGAAGCUGUGGAGAAGAUCUGCCAGCUUUUCCACGAAUGUUCCUCCCUGCUCCAGUUAGAAGUGAGACACGAUGUGGCAGAGAUCGAGGACCUUAGGAGGAGACUGGAGGUGGCAGAGACAGAGCUGAAGCUGGUCCUGGAGGGGAGCAGAGGCCAGAAGGAGGCGCAGGAGCUGACAGAGGGAGGCAGCGGACAGGAGGGAAAGAACGCUCCUCCGGCCAACAGAGCAGAGGGAGAGACCGUCCCGACCAAUCAGCGAUUGGGGAGGAAGAGCCGCAGAGUUGUAACUAGUGGUGAUGCCGGAGUGAAGAGAUCGCCCAUCAUUCACCUGUGGAAAGGCAGAGCUUAUGAGGACACUGUCCAGCCAGUGAUAAUAAAGGAAGAAGGAUUAGAGGCAUUUGCUGACCAUGCUUCUUCUGAUUCUGGUCAGAACAGAGACGAUCUAGCACAGGAUGAUGACGACGACCCGGACUACCAGUUGGAGCCAGACGAUCCAGACGACGGUGACCCAGGAUUCACCGCCAGACCCAAAUGCGUUGUAAAGCCCAAAUCCCACCGAGGUCGAGCCAAGAGUAAGAACCAGCAGUCUCUGAGCUGCAAACACUGCAGGAAAACCUUCACCAAGCUGCAGCAGCUCAAAGCACACCAGACUGUCCACAGCGCCAACGUAGAGAAGCCUUUCCACUGCUCUCAGUGUGACAGAGGCUUUUCAUUCCAGCGGAGCCUCAACGCACACAUGCUGCUUCAUACAGGUGAGAGGCCACACACCUGCGAUGUUUGUGGGAAAGGAUUCACGCUGAAGCAGCUGCUGAGGAACCACCAGCGUCUCCAUGCUGAGGUCCGGCCAUUUCGCUGUGACCAGUGCGGCAAGAGUUUCUAUCGAGCCCACGGCCUGAAAAUGCACCAAAUGGUCCACACGGGAGAGCGGGCCUACAACUGUCAGUACUGCAACAAAAGCUUCACAAUACAAGGUAACCUGCAGCGCCACCUGCGUAUACACACGGGGGAGAAACCGUUCAGGUGCGAGACGUGCGGCAAAAGCUUCAACCAGGCCGACACUCUGAAAGGACAUCAGAGGAUACACACCGGCGAGCGUCCCUUCAGCUGCGAGACCUGCGGCAAGUGUUUCAUUCAGAAGAGUGCCUUGAAAAUGCACCAGAAGACUUCUCACCCAGGCGAGAACUCGUUAGCCUGUGUGGCGUGCGGCACCAUGGCGGCCUGUGUUGACUCGCUGCGCAAACACCUCCAGACUCAUGCGUCGACUAUCCCAUGCACGUGCGUGAUCUGCGGCCGGCGGCUCAGUUCCAUCACUGACCUGCGCCUGCAUCAGCAGCACCACACAGUGGACAGGCCUCACAGCUGCGGGCUCUGUGGGAAGAGCUUCAAGUCGUCCAGUUACCUGAAGAUUCACCUGAAGACGCACAGCGGAGAGAGGCCGUUCUCCUGCGACAUCUGCGGUCGCAUGUUUACACAGCACAGCAGCCUUAAGUCACAUCAGGUGGUGCAUACGGGAGAGAAACCGUUCAGCUGCGACACGUGUGGGAAAUGUUUCAGCAGCACCGGCAACCUGAACAGACACCAGCGCAUCCACACGGGGGAAAAGCCGUUCAGCUGCGACACGUGCGGACGCAGCUUCAACCAGGGCAACAGCCUGAAGGCCCACCAGCAGAUACACACCGGGGAGAAGCAGUUCAUGUGCGACAAGUGCGGGAAGAGUUUUUCCUACCUGAGAAACCUAAAAGACCACAAAUGUUUCUAUGUGUGAAGCUAAACUGUGAUGAGACGUCUGCUCUUGUGGCAGAGCGGCCUGCCGAGCUCUUUCGGUACCUGUUGAGGGAUAAAUUUAAAGGAUUGGUUGAGAAAAUAAAGGAAUAAGCUUGCAGUGAAAGUGGCUUCGGUGAUUAUAAGCUACCUACAAGGAAAGCAGUGGGAGUACGUGUGGUGGAUUAUCACAGGUUACAUGACUGAAGAAAUAAAACAAGGUGGAGACACUUACUGUAAAGGUUUAAGUGCAAACCUUUUUGUGUUCUUAAAUGUAGGUGUUUACCUGACACCGUUAUUCAGACAGUAAAUAUAAUAAUAGAAAAACAACAUUAAAAAACUGUUAUAAUCCUGAAGCCACAAAAGAAAGAUCUACUACAGAAAACAGACCUAAGAAGAGCAGUCACUGGUACUUUGGGUAUUUUUAAGGAGCAACUGUUACCCUGAAUCUAAAUCACGCACACAGAUGGACAAAAUGAAGCAUUUAUUUAUGGGAAUAACUGAAAAUUGUCAAGGUGUCACUCAAGAGCCUUUUAGUCUUUUACCUGAAUACAUUUGUAAGCAGCGUUUGCCGACAGAUGUUACAGUAGUGUCAUUUAUUUUAGUAAAGGACUGAUUUUCAGUUUUAACCUUUGGUAUUACUAGUAAAAGCCAAACAAGUGAGUAUUGUUAACAACCACAGAAGACAUAUUCCUCUUUAAUGAUCAGCUGUAUAUGCUUUUAAAAACCUG